GGUCACAACAAACAUGAUGGCGGAGCAAGAGAGUUUUGUGAAGAUGUAUGGUUCUGUUGGAUCGGCUGCAACCACUCUGUGUGUUCUGUAGAUGGAAGACAUAAACUGAGGCGUUAAGAGGCCUUCCAAGUAAUUGUUUAAUACGCAAACAGCAGGAAGAGUGGCGAAUUGACAGAGUAGCAGGUGUGACUAAGUGAUGAGUCGUACAGCGCUGUUGUUGGUGAUAUAACUUUGACUUUGUCCACCCUUCACGUCCGAGUUCUGUGGAACCCAGGAAUUUCCUUGGAGACUUGAAGUUGAAACCUUCCCACAUGGCUGAAGAUGGCUUCAAUGGAGGCCAUGAAGAUUCUGGAAGGAACGACUCAAAAAAUGUGCUGAUCAUAAUGCAGGGUGACAACGAGAACUCUGCGGCCCAGAAUGCCUCCCAGCCUGUGAUGACCUUCACCCAUGAAGAGGCCUUGUCGCUAAACGAAACGGCAACAUUUAUGCCCAUGCCGCCGCCGCCCCCAGCCAGGAAACAGCCAGACAUUGUGCUAGACGUUGUGUCGGAGGAGGACAGAGAUCUCGGGAAUCAACGCGUGUCUGAUCUGUGGCGACAAAGCGUCUGGCUACCACUACUCGGUGUUCUCCUGCGAGGGCUGUAAAGGUUUCUUCAAGCGCUCCGUGCAGAAGAACCUGACGUACUGCUGCAAGGACCAGGGCAUGUGCUUCAUCAACAAGUUCUCCCGCAACUCCUGUCAGUUUUGCCGAUUCCAGAAGUGUCUAAAUAUGGGCAUGAGACGGGAUGCGGUGCGAGAAGACCGGUCGCCAGGCGGCAAACACCGGCACAAACGUCAGCGUCUGAGCGACCAAUCGGGCGCAGGGGCGGCGCUAGGUGGCAACUUCCUGGGCGCGGGCGCUGGGCCGGUGGACGGAGAGAUGGCGGGGAUGGAGGACGCGCUGAGGGAUCAGCUGUUGGCUGCCAGGCCGCACCUCUACCCCAAGGCCGACGGUCAGCCCGACAAGAUGGAGAAGAUCAGCAUCAACGAGCUGAUGCAGUACGGCUACCUGGAGCUGCGCUAUAUCAUUGACUGGGCCAAGAAAGUGCCAGGCUUCAGUGAGCUGGAGAUGGCUGACCAGAUGGCCUUGCUCAAGUCCUCCUUCAUGGAGCUCAACGUCCUCCGGCUGUCCUACAGGUCGAUGCACCUGGAAGGAAAGAUCAAGUUUGCGGAGGACACGAUCCUGCCCCUGGACUACUGCGAGAACAUGGGCUGGGGCAAAGAGCUGGUGGACGGAACCAUCGACUUUGCGCAGCGACUCAAGGAGAUCAACCUUGACCUCACCGAGUUCUGUAUCCUCAACGCCAUAGUGCUCAUGUACCCAGACGCGCAUGGCCUCAAACAGAAGCUACGUAUCACGGAGAUGCAGUCUCGUAUCCUGGACUGCCUGCGACGCCACAUCGUCGACCAGCAGCCCGCAGACAACAAACGCUUCGGCAAAAUCCUGCUUCGUCUGCCGGCUCUCCGCAUCGUCAGCGCCAAGGCCGCGGACAGGUUCCUCUCUCUCACGUUUGACGGAUCCAUACAACUGAACGAGCUGGUGCUGGAGAUGAUGAACUGAGGGAAUUAGGAGGAGGGAUGCACAUGGUUGUUUUCCGUCUAUUCAUCUCUGUGGGCUUGUGUUGGAGGAGAUAAUGAACUGAGGGGAUUAGGAGGAGAGAUAGGAUGCAUGUGUUUUCUGUCUAUUCAACAAGGUUGUGUUGGAGGAGAUGAUGGACUGAGGGGAUUAGGAGGAGGGCCAGGACGCAGGUGUUCUGGGUGUAUUCAGCUCUAUGAGCUAGUGCUGGAGGAUGGUGGUUAGGUCGACACGUUCAUGUAUUGAGUCGACACGUUUCUGUAUUGUUUCCUUCAGGAAGUGUGAGCCGACAUGUUCCUGUAAUGAGCAAACACGUUCCUGUAAUGAGCUGACAUGUUCCUGUAAUGAGCUGACAUGUUCCUGUAAUGAGCUGACAUGUUCCUGUAAUGAGCAGACACGUUCCUGUAUUGUUUCCUUCAGGAAGUGUGAGCGUGAUCUGAGGGGUGUGAGAGACUCGGGGGGUGUGUGGCCGGGCCAAUGUUUCCUCGGUGGUACCGUGUGCUGCUUGUGUCGGGGGUUGGUGGACUUGUGUGACCAGGGAGGGGGGGAGGGAGGGGGGAUUUGUUCCCGGACAUUUUGUGCUUGUUUUGGCUGCUGAAGAAUUGGCACUGGAAAGAUUUUCCUUUCUCUUUCUAUCUCUCUCUCUCUCUCUCUCUCUCUCUCUCUCUCUCUCUCUCUCUCUCUCUCUCUCCUGCCGCUUUGGCGGCAUAAACGGUCAUCGAUGCCAACAGCACGCAGGAACUCAACACUUGCCUGGGGGUCUUUGAAAAGUGCUGAGCGUGGUCACUGAAAUGUGCCAGCAGACGUGGAAGGACUACGGUGAAGAGGGAAAAAUAAAGUAUGCACCCCCUAGCCCCCUCCUCUUAUUUAUAUUACAUAUAGAUAUAUUUUUAAAAUAUGUGAGGCAUAGUGGUGGAAUCAGGUGCUCAUUAGAAUAAUGAAAUCUAAGAAAUUGACAUUUUUCCAUGGGUAUGCCAGUUUUAAAAAAAUUUUGUUGUUGUUUUGCCUAACACUUUGUAUGUCAGUUAAAGAUACAUUUCUGUGUGGCUUUUACUGCAAAGCGUUGAUUAAAGCCACAAAAAUGUAAAUUAUCUCAAGCUUUG